AUGUCUCCAGAAUUUCAAGCCUCCAAUGUGCUUUGCGCUGAGUCGAUUGUACUCAAUUAUCUGCUUCAUGAAGUCCCAGAACCACCAAGUCAAAAGCGGACAAGUCAACUCACGUCAUCCGACCAAAAUUACAUAUUGCCAUUCUCGAAGGAGCGCGACUUGGUGGAGAUACUUGCCUUCCUAUCCAAAAGGAGGGAUGGCCCAGAUCAUAUCCCUGCAAUUUGCGUGGAACAAGAUCGAACAGGAAAUAAUUUAAAGGUUCUCUUGGCAGUCAACAAAUGCACCUGGAAUGACGGUGAUGGCACACUUCAGCUCAUCAAAGGAAACUUCGAAGGCGUUUUUGACGCUCUUCAUAAGGCAAAUUACAGUCGACAUGGUAGCUCCGCGGAAAUUAAGGCUGAAGUUCUCAAAUCAAUCGUUGUAAUGUGCUCCUCUAGGAUACUUUGUCGGUUACGUCUAGCUCCGAGCAAAAGACAUGGAACCAGAUCGUCAAUCAAAGAGCUAUUGCAGAGAGCAAUAGAGGGGGUCCGGCUCAUUAACCCUCACAAGUUCCGAAAUUCCACCUUGGUGGUCUCCUCAACUCAGUUUAUAUCAGUGUCCAAAGAAGUGAUACGAUUGGUUAAUAACUGGCUCAAUCACCAGGUUGAAUCUCGCCUGGCUGAGAUUUUAGGGGCAAUUCGAAGUUUGAACGAGGUACCGAGUCUAUCUGAUCUAUUGCACCUCAUUCCGACCGGUAAAUCUGGGAUAGUCCAGGAUUCAUGCUUUGCAAGCAGCCUCAUCAACAUCAUUAGUAAAGUGGCCAGAAAUCAUGAGGCAGCUGAAGUGUUAUACCGUAUCGCCAAAAAAUACCCUGUGGUACGAAAUAUGAAGCCUCAGCUAGCCACUCUCCCCCCAGAGGCAUACGACAGGCUGAACGACCCCAGCUACCUUCCAGAAUUCCACAAAAUCCCACAACGCCUAGGUCUCAUAAAUGGCCAUCGAUAUGAUGUCACCAAAAUAUCUCGAUACAUGAAAUUUCCUAAGAACUCGUCUUGUAGUAAGGAAUUUUCGGAAGAAACACAGAGAACCAUGAAAGAGUCAAAGAUCCACUCUGAGAUCCAGCUAAUUGCCUAUUGUGAAUCUAAAUCAACGCCUGAAUUGUUUCCUCGAGUCAUUGCAUCAAGCAAGGACGCAUGCUUCCUUUGCAAUGCUUUUAUCGCGACGCAUGGAAAAAUGCACACAUCACGAACCCAUGGACGACUAUACCCCGGCUGGAGGCUACCCAAUCUCUUGCAUAUGAGAGGACUGCAGAAAGAAUUCAAUCAAUGGCUUCUUAACCAGGCUCGAAAAACAAUAGAUGCGAGGGUUGCAGGCCAUGGAGAGAUCAAUCCCCAACCCCCUUUGGAAAGCACUCUUUUGGUGCCACUUUCUGUUUCAUCGACAACAAAAAGUGAAUCACCUUCAGAUCCCAUUUCACAUAACCUACAGCUCUCGGUUGCUGAAGAAUGCAUGACAAAACAACUUGCAUCAUCGACAGACUCAACAGACUCCCCAGCUUUGAGCCAUAAAUUAGCCCUGCAAGAAGUAAUUCCGUGUAAACCAAGCAUCCAAAACCCAGCAAUCUUUGUCUGCGGCCGACUUGAAGUUCAUUUCGAUAUGGAAACUGCCUCAGCCUCGAAUCGAACGACAAGCACGCUCAUGUACAGUAUUGAGAGGAUCAGGACUGAGGAAAAGGACAUCUUACCAGAUGGAUCUCUUGUAGUAGAUGUGCUGGGGUUAACCAAGGAAACCCAGUUUGAAUUGCCGAUUGAUCAUACCAUUUACAUGUCUUGCCAAGAUGUCAUCUUGAGGCUUACUACAGGCCUUGAAAAUACUGUGGUUGAUGAUAGGGUGCAAUGA